AUGUGGUACCAAUUGAGGCAGUUCGAGCCCGAGUGCCGCUGGCUCUUCAAGGCACACUGCGAGGAGCUCGCGCCGGCCGUGCUCGACUUGAAGUUCGCCGUCGGCGCUCAUUGUAACCGCGGCAUGAUCCAGUCCGCUUGGUGGGAGGCUACGCAGAACACUUACGGAGCGUUGCACUGCCGGAAGUGGGAGGAGAUAUACCCUCAGGAGCGGCGCGAGUGGAUGAUUUUUGAUUAA